AUGCUUGCGACAAAGAAGGAUAACAUUGAGAUCGACCCCCACACUCAAUACACGGGCCAAAGGCUACGGUCGUUAUAUCUCGGGGAAGCCUUCAGAGUCUGUGAUCCCCAACCUUGGUGGCUGCUUGGUCCCAACGAGAUUGUUUUCUACAUGGAAGAGCUUGAGAAGCUCCACAUCCAAGGCGCUAAAAUCAAAACCUUCCUCCGAGAGCCCCUUGUUGUAAGAUCCCCGACCAAGCACACAGCCCUAACAGAUCUUGCCUUGCUCAACUGUGAUGUCGCACCACAUACACUUGCACAAAUCCUCAGCUUCCCCAAGGGUCUUACCCACUUCACAAUGAAAGGUCGAUUUCCGGGCACGACCGGGCCAUUCGAAUACAAUCUCAGGCCAAGUGAUUACAUUGAAAAAAUCAAUCAGAGCAGCUCUGCGGGUGUGCAGUAUCUUGAUUUUGACAUGUGGAAUGCAGAUGACUACCCAGAUUUCCGUCACUUGGAGGGUUUGAAACAACUUACUAUCUCUACAGAUCUAUAUCAAUACUUUAUCUGGGAAUCGGAUGAGCUAGCUUUUCGUCAGUCUUUUCCUGUUAGUUUGGAGACUCUCACAUUGGAUGAUUUCUUUCCAACGGAUGUGCUAUUUGAUACCUUGCUUGACAAGGUGGAGGAAGGGCAGCUUCCGAAUUUGCGUACGAUUACACAUAGGCAUUUCUAUCCCGAGGGCAAUCAAGAGGAGGUGGACAUGGAGUGGGAGAUUGAAGAGUUUCGAAAAUUGGGGGUGGAGUUUUCUCCUGUUUCCUUUGAAAGUCCAUCUAUGAUGCCCGAGAACGAUAAUUGGCCAUGCCACUGCUGGAUCUAUCAUCGUACGGCUGAGUGUGACAAUGCCCAAACCAGCACUCUCAACGGGGAUGGCAACACCAUAACUCGAAGCUGUCUCACAAACUGCACUAUCAAUAAUUCCUGCGUGAAGCGAUCUACCCUGAGCGACUGUGUGUUAUCAAACGUGGAGGACAUGAGCCGAAUCACAGCUCAAAAAUCCCAAUUCAAUGACGCGGCCAUUGUCGAGCGCAGCGAUAUCACAGAGAGCACUAUACAAUCACAAAGUUCGGUAUGCCGAUCCACGAUCGGAAGGUCGGUCAUCCAGGACAAAAGCACAGUGAAACGGAGUACCGUGACCGGAACGACGGUCUCAAACAGUCAACUCGAGAGAGCUACAUUGACCGACUGUAUUAUCACCGAGUGCACUAUCGAGCGGUGUGACUUCCAAGGACUGGUUCUUAAAUAUGGUAUUUGGAGGCGAAAUGAGUUGAUUGGGAAGAUCGGGAAUCAUGAUCCUACUUUUAUUAGGAAUCAUGGUCCACGGGCCGGGCAAUCUGCAUCUGUGGCCGUUGGAUCUACCAUCCCUGAAUUAGAUUCUAAGAGUCAUGCUCGACAGGGUGAUCCUCCCCCUAGCUACGAUGAUGACUCGUAUACUAGUGGGGAUAGUGGGGUUGAUUGUGGUGAUCUACCUCCGCCAUACAAGCCCUAA